AUGGAAAGGCUGUCAGACCGGCCAGAGUCGCUCCACAUCCAACCGGGUGCUGACAAUGUCAGCGCAGAGGGGUUCAAUGAUUACCAGGAGGCCAUUCACGCCCAACUCAGCAGUCUAGCCACGCGCGCCGACAAAACAUACCGGGAGUGGCGGUUAUACCUUAGAAAACAACCAAUAGGCGCUGCUGAAAAGUUCAACUCGCUCUCUACACUUCUCAAGCAGAUUUGCCUCGACCUACAUCAACUUUGUUUACAAUGCUCCGAGCUCGAUGAUGAUGUGUACUCCAAAAAUGCCACUGAUGAGCCAUCAUCAGUCACACAACUGCAGAUGCAGAGGCUGCAAAUUUGUUCCCAGACUAUGUUCAGCAUUCAAGCGACGUUGCAGUCAGGCGAUGGCGACUCACCCUAUGCCACUGGGUUGGAACAAGUCGUUUCCGAGUUGGUCGACCAUGGGACUUGGAUUGCAGCAGCUCGACAGGCUGGUAGCUAUAGCGACCUAAUCAACUAUCUAUGCACGGAUCUCGUUCAGAGCCCCCCAAUUGGUGCUUGGAAAGGCGGAAGACUCCCAGUUUAUCUGCCCCUGCGCAUCGAUGCUCGUUUGAUGAAGAGCGAUUUGCUGAAGUCCUUUCGGCUUACCCGCCAACGAGCCCUGCUCCAAGAUGCGAUCCAGUACUCUGAGAUAUUCAAAUGUGACGCCUUUCUGCAGAAUGAUAUCUUUUGCCGCUGGAAAUCAACGGCUGGGUCUGUGCUGCUGGUUUCUGGAUCGUCUAGAACAGAACUCGCCACUCUGGCUGCGUCAACAGUCCACCAUAUCAGUCAUGGCGCCAGUCCGACCUCUGCUAUCUGUUUCUUCUUUUGUGAUUCUCACUUUGGACCUUUGGAGGUGGCGCUGAAGCUCGUCAAAGCGACAAUUGGGCAGUUGGCGCAACAGUCUUUGCUUGCAUGCGAAAUGUUAUACCGGAUCAAGCAAGAACCUCUUCGAAAUACAUUUGAAGGGCUGUGUUGCACAAUGGCAUCAAUGAUGCAAUGCUUCGACCAAGUCACUUUUGUGAUAGAAGGGCUAGGAGCUUAUCAAUCUUCUGUUUCGGCGGAUUCCAAGAUGAUCCUUUCAACAUUAUAUAGUGGAUUCCAAGGAUCAGCAGCAACAAAAUUGCCCGAUGUGAAACUUUUCUUCCUCUGCAAGACAAAUAAUGGUCAACACAAUCGUAUCGAGGAGGUCAGUACUACAAUUAACACGAUUGCCAAACGUAUCUAUACCGAGACUGCGGGUUGCUCUGAUUCUAAAAUCCGUUUGCCGGCCACGAUUCUUCAUCUUUCAAGAGAUCAAUUGCCAAUACUUUCGUCUUCAUUAGAAAAUGAGACGGUAAACCUUGCAGCUGCUUGUCGUUUCCUCUCUCUCGAUAUCGAAUCAAGAAGCCUUGAGCGCUUCGCCGUAGCUUCAGAAGCAAUUGAUGGAGUUCUAUCACGAAUCCUCAUGCUCGACGGUUCAACAUUUCCACAAAGUACACGAGCACUCCAGUACAUCGGUGGCUUGCUCCAACUUGACCUCCUACAUCCAACACUGGCCGAAUAUGUCAUGGGGUUGCACAAUAAGGACACAUUGACGCUGGAGACUUUCCCUACAGGCGUGUCGACUGCUUCCAUGGCCAUAUUCUGUAUUCGAUACAUCUGCUUGCCUCAAUUCUCCACCGCUUUCAACAAAGUGUAUCGCGCGGAAAGACAUCGCGUUGCUAUUCGAGACCAAAAACGACCAUUCUUCCGAUAUGCUGCUACGACUUGGAUGCACCUGGCGAGGGAUCAUUGGCAGGAACAAGGCCUCAUGGACUGUGUCAUGCAGCUUUUUGACCGAGAGAGUGCUGCCAAUUUUGGCCAAUGGGUAACAGAAUGUGCGCGAACGUGGUUCCCACAUGAAAUAGGCUUCAAGUCUCUGUCCCCGCAACCGUUGCAGGAGCUCCUCUCUAUCAUAAAUGGGCCGCAAGAUCUAAGACUGCAUGUCGCCUCUCUCAUGGGAUUGAGUCACAUUUGCAAGAGGUUGCUCGAGGAUGGAGCGAAUGUCAACGAACCAUCUGCAUUUGGCACAGUCUUACAUUGCUCGCUCCUUGGCUCUGCCGCCCUUGUUGGACGAUGGAUUCAUGUCAUCCAUGAGUAUCACCGCCUCGGCGCAACGGAUGGCCAUGAAUGCAGAGGUGAAACCAUCAAGAUUGUCUUGGAUCGAAAUUGCAAUCGUGGUCAAGAAUCCUUCUCAAAAGGCGACAUGAUCCGUCCGUCAACCUUGGCUCUACUGACCUGUACGAGUUUAUUGGAUUCCCAUAUGUUCUUUGACAUUGUGGGCGACUCUUCAUUGUUUCACCCUCAGUUUUCAAUAUCGUUUGGGGUAUUUCUGCAGGUCAUGGCAACAGCCAACCCCUCGGAAUAUGACGCUAAAGCCUAUCUCAAUGCCAUUUUCGACGAACUGGCCCAGCGAGCACUACCGCAUAUUGACCAUGACGUCAGUGCAAUUGAGAUAUUCAACUUGCUAUGGAAGUAUACUCUGGAGAUGGGGUUGGAAUGGUUUGACAUGAUUAAAGUGAGAUAUCUUCGAGAUAUUCCCGACGAUAUGUUCAAUGUUUUGGUUUUGAAUACAGGACUCAAGAGUGUCAAUGUCAUGCGACUUGUAUCCAAAGACCCGCGUUUCGACCCCGAUGUUGUCUUUAGCGAGACCCAUCUGUUACUCUGCGCCUUGGAAGCAGGUCUCGAAAUGGUCAAGCUGCUUGUGGCGAGAGGUGUUGAUUUGACUGCCGUGAGCCCAAGGAAUAUGACUAUUGCGCAGGUCUGUGCACAAAAAGGAGCGAACGAUAUCUUGAGGUGGCUUCUCGAAAUUGGUGUUGACACGGGCGUCGCCGAGGGGAUCGAUUCAUCGGGGCAAACGAAGUGUAAUAUAUGGCAUCUCGCUGCUUGUCACAGCUUGGAAACUUUCGAGAUUCUGGUAGACGCCGGUGUUCAGAAUGACGAAGAACUGUUUGCCGUCUCCGCUUCGGGGAAUACACCCUUGGCAGAGCUGAUACAAAGACUCCCUACACCGUACGCUAUUGUACGCCACGCUAAUGCAAUCCCGGAGCCGGAUGCCAUCAGUCGGGCGAUUGAAUUGCUGAGGAAAAUACCGAUGAAAAACCCGCGUCUCUUUCAGUCAAAGACGCCAUCCAUCAGUACUGCAGCUCGUCUCGGGUCGCAAAAACUGACAGAAACACUCUUGGAACUCGGCGCCAGUGUAUCUGUCGACACGCGUGGUGCCAGUCCACUGCAUUUCCUAUGUUUGAAGGCCAGUGGGUCGUUUAUAGAUUACAUGCAACGGCUUUGCAGCGAUUUGUCCUGGCAGGACUCCGAGGGAAGGACGCCAAUUGAAUCAAUCAUGCGUGAACAAGCCAUGACGCCUGAAGAGCACCCUCCUGAAAGCUUUGAAGCUGCUAUGGAGAAGCUUCUCUGUUCCAAGACGACCACCAGCACGGACUUUCGAGGCCGUCACCUCUGGGAGCGAGUGUGCAAUGACUUGGUUUCAGAGUUUGUCUUGCAAAAGAGUCCCAAGGGUCAUCUUAUAUCCGAUUUCAUUGAUAGAUUAGUCUCAGAGAAGGUCCUCGAAGACUACGAGAUGCAAUCGGGAACCUCUGGGGUGAAGCCCCUCCUUGAUGGACUCUCGCAGGUAGAUGCUGUACAGAUCUGGAUGGGUGGUCUGAUGCAUCAAGUGCUCCAACAGACCAAACACGAAGGAAGCCUUGCAGGCGCGGGCCAGACUGCUGUGCCAUACUUGAAAUGGGCUGCGAAUUCAAACACGUGGGAUUUGGUGAGACUUUUAUUGAAGCACGGGGCAUCUGUUCACGAGAAAACCUUUGGCAUGUCGACAUUAGAGUCAGCUUGUCUCAGUAAUGGUUGCGGCGAACCUGUGUUUGACCUUCUUCUAGAUCACGCCGAUAGCACGAAGCUCAAUGAUAUUGGCUACCAGGGUCUGGGAUUGGUCCAUCUACAAUCGCACGGACAAGGCGAUCAACGUCUGUCUAGACUGCGAUCGCUCCUAGAAAAAGGUGCCGACCCUAAUCUCCGAAACUCACUCGGCGAUCCCGCGAUUGUCGAAUUCCUCCGGGGAGAACAUAGUCAAUGCAUCGACUUGUUGCUUGAAUAUGGGGCAGACGUCAAUGCCAGGAAUAACUAUGGAAUGGACACGGCAUUAGCUGCUAUUUCGCAGCGCAACCUGUUCAUGCUGAGCAAGCUACUCGGCGACGAGAGAUUCAAGGUCGACUGGAAUGCAACUUGCAUUAUCAAAGUACCAUAUCAAUGCGAGGGACAGUCAAUGGACGUGGUGGAGCUCCCCGGGUCCAAUGCGUUGCACUUGGCGGCCUGGUUUGGAUAUGACACGGGACUGGACUUUUAUCUCACGAACAAACUCAUAACAGACUUGGAAAGCGCCACUGCCGUUACGCGAUACCGACCAAUCCACUUUGCGUGCAGAGCUGCAUCGAUCACGUGUAUCAAAUUACUCGUUAGUUCCGGUGCCGAUGUCAAGUCCCAAACGUCUGAUGGAAGUACUGGUCUCCACUUCGCAGUCAAGCAGCAACGUGAGGAUGUGGUGAGAACGCUGGUAGAAGAAGGACAUCCUCUCGAUGUUCAAGACCUGUCCGGACAGACCCCAUUAGACUACGCUUUGACUGGGGGCAAUCCAGUCAUCAUCGAUGCGUUACUCGGCUCUGGUGGGUCUAAGAACAUGGUUACGGACAAUACAACAAACUCUCCUCAGAAAGCGGAAGAUCAUCUCUUGGCAGCUCUUUUCAAUUCCAUACUGCGAAGCGACAUUCGACUCUGCCGCACCUUGCACGACGUUGGCUGUCCCGUCCAUUUGCCGAUGCCACCUUGCCGCAGUUGCACACCGUUGAUGAUAGCAGUAGAUGCGAACGAAGCAGAUAUCUGCAUGUGGCUUCUAGAUACCAUGGACGUAGAGAUGAAGAAAGCAGGACUCGGUGCAAAAUGUGAGACGCACUCGAAUCGCGGGACCCUUCUGUUCUCUCUGUCUUGGUCGUCGCCAAAGAUUGAUGACAUGCUGACCAAGAUACUUGACAUGUACUUUGACACUGCGGAAAAUUGGUUUCAUUGGCCAGUAGGGGUGCUUCAUGAUUGCGCUUUGAUCGAUGAAGAGAAGCCCAUUGACUUGAUUCUUGCGUAUGUGGCUACAAAUGAGGACCGUCUUCGGUCCCGGUUCUCGAUCCCUAACAACACAAGUCUGUGCAAGCGCCUCUUGGACCAUACCAUCAAUACUCGUGAAUUUGGCUACCCAUAUACUUGCGGACUCACCCCCUUGCAUCUUGCAAUUCUCAUGACCUCGCCAAAAGCAGCGAAGCGCCUGCUACAGGCUGGGGCAGACCCCAACAAGGAGAACAUGGAACGGAGAACUCCAUUGCAUCUAGCUGUGCGAGAAGGGAUGAUUGACGUUGUUCGACAAUUGCUUGAUUGCGGAAGCGAUCUUGAUCGAUUGGACCGACGUGGUGAAACACCACUCAUGGUGGCGGUUGACGCAGGGCGACUCGACUGCGCCAAGCUUCUCGUCGAGGCCGGUGCCGAUACUUCCCUAUGCAAUCGGCGCGGAGAGUCGCUUCUCCACAUGGCAGGAGAAUCUGGUCAGGUCUGUCUCUUCAGAUAUUUUCUGGAGCUCGGGCUAGAUCCAUACAAGCCAGACGGACACGGGGCUUCUCCCCUGUAUAUCGCGAUGCUAUCAGGUGAUAUGAUUUCGUACGCAAUCAACUCCGACUUUGAUUUUCACCAAUUGGCUGCAAGGAAACAAUACAUGAGACCCUUGCUAUCCGUGGUCCGAGAUACUCCGACCACCUUGCACUUGCUACUACGCCGGCUGACAGCCGCGCACGUAGCUCGGGCACUUAUCAACGUUUGGCCCGAACGUCAUGAAUUCCCAAGCCGCUAUUCAAGUCCACUGUGCAAUGCGGCAAGAGCAGGCUAUAUGGAGUCGUUGAAGCUACUUUUAGAAUAUGGAGCCGACCUCGAAUUCGAAGGGAGCGUCGAGGGCACUGCGCUCAUGAGUGCAAGUCGGGCGGGAAAUGUUGAGAUAGUGAGCCAUCUUGUGCGAACCGGCGCAAACAUAUCUUACACGAGAAAUGGGCGAGUGCAAAAUGCCCUGGAAGUCGGAAAGAGAUUCAAGGGCGUGGUCAGAUGGCUACUGGUCGAGAGAUGGACAGAUCAACGACGUAUCUUGCCAGGCUCGUGCUUCAGUGUUGGCGACGUUGAGGUGAGGCCAUGGUCAGGUAUCACCACAGUUGCGUUGAAACUGCAUGGGCCAGGCGAGCGCUUUGGGCAGCAGAGAAGCGAAACCAAGUUGGCAUUUCUUGGGCGGAUGCACACUUUGCGCACGAGUCUUCGGGGACAGGUUGUCUAUCCUGAACAAUAUCUGUAG